GGAAACUUUCCCCUCUUCAACUUCAUCUUCUUUCCCAACCUUAUUUUGGGACGUCAAGCGCCGCCGUUCAUUAGAGGAACGGCGUUUAUACAAUAAACAACCAACAUAUACAAAGGAAUCUUAACAUUUCAUCAUGUCAGUCAUCAGCACGUCACACUGGUUCGGCCCAAGCCAGACCGUCGAGUACCACCCAGCAGCACGCCAGGGAGCUCGACUAUUCAAACCAACAUAAUUACGAUGAUUGGACGAGUUCUGCCUUAGGGCCAGCAGAUCUCUUCCGUUCAUUCGGGGGUUCAAUGAUCCCCCCAGUUCAAGACUGGUCCCUGGGUUUGGAUACUGGCGGCAACAUUAAUGAAGUAGACUGGUCCCUCUCCGGAUUAGACGGAGCAGGUGAUCCACUUGUUUUCGAGAAUAACAUGCGCAACGGACAGUUAGAUGCUUCAGGGAUACUACCUGGCUUUGAACCUAAUCUGGAUUUUCAAUUUAACCAACCCCUCAACAUUCACAGCGCUCCAGGAUCGGGGUCAGAUACAGGACCUUCCGAUCCUUCCUAUUCACCACCUAUGCCCAAAUCUCCUGGGGCUUCAUCCAGUCAAGGCCAGACUCCUAAGAGUCGUCGCUCGCCUCCGGUGGACCCAAUUACUGCUCUCAAACGCCAACGCAACAACGUUGCGGCUCGCAAGUAUCGGCAGAAGCGAAUUGAUCGGAUCACCGAGCUGGAGAUGGAACUUCAGGGCGUGAAGGAUGAACGCGACGAUUUACGACUUCGUCUAGCCCGUCAGGAGGCGGAGGCGGCCGCGUUAAGGAGCAUGUUGCAAUUGAACUCUGGGAGAGGUGCGAAAGGUUAGCAAGGUCAGGCAGUGUAUUUUCGAGGUUUCUAUUAGUCCAACAAAAAACGAGAUUGCUUUUUUUCUCAUGUCUCAGACGAUGUCGGCUCAUUCUUCUCCUCAUGCGUGUUUUGUCCCCUGCGGGACAGCAGAAUUUGAUUGUCGGAAGAGGGAACGUAGUUGUCAUCUUGGAUUGGCAUAUGGAUGAAGGCUUAGGUUUUUGACAUACAUACCACAAGCCCUACGAUCCCUACUCGGUAUACAAAGAUGCAUUAUUUUAAGUCAAUUCGAGUGUGAUUCAUUGUCUAUGUAUUCAUCUCUAUCUACAACGGAUAUUGAUAUUGAGCUUCUAUAUAUCCCACUAUAUUCAAGUCUUUCUUA